AGAAGAACCAACCAACAUCUCACUCAGCCAACCAAAAGAAAAAGAUAAAAUCGGAACAGGCCCCUCCUCCUCUCCCACUCGGUUUCUUUCUUGCUGCGCAAGAUCAAGCGGGCUCGCCUUAAUCCACAGCCCUCCGCACCACCGGUAAAGCCAUCCUCCAGUAUCGCUCUCCGGUUCCGCCGCCGCCCCGGAGUUCCGCGAGUUCGUUCGUCCAUCGACGGAUUUGGCUCCGGCCGUCUCGCCGCCGUUCCGCCCCACGGUGCCCAAUGGCUACGCCUCUGGUAGCUGGGCUGUCAGUCGCUGCUGCUGCGCUGGGAAGCAGGUACAUGAUCCAGGCAUGGCAAGCCUUCCGGAUCCGUGCCGCCAUGCCACGGGUGCGACGGUUCUACCCUGGUGGAUUCGAGAGGGAGAUGAGCAGAAGGGAAGCAGCGUUGAUCCUCGGCAUUAGAGAGCGCGCUGCGCUGGACAAGAUAAAGGAGGCUCACAAGAGGGUAAUGGUAGCCAACCACCCUGAUGGCGGCGGGAGCCAUUACGUCGCCUCCAAGAUUAACGAGGCCAAGGACAUGCUCAUGGGCAAAGGGAAAUCCGGUUCUGUUUUUUAGCCUGUGCAUAAUGAGAGAUGAAGUUAUUUUGCAUCGAUGACGAUGAGGUAGCGAUUCGCUUUCCGUCGACAUUAUUAACACAUUGUUGUGAUGAUUGUACCAUACACAUCCGGACAAGGAUACAAGUUACAUAAUGGAGUAACCCAAUUGUCUGCUGACCUA